GCACACACGCAAACACGCGCGCACACACUCUUUCUUUCGGUCUCUCUACCACUCUCUCUCUCUGGGAAAAACCCGAGCAAGAGGAGAGCAGCAGAAGGGGGGAGGACUGAGGCGGACUCCUUCUUCUUCCGACACAGCGGCGGCGGCGGCAGGAUAUUUAUAAAAAAAAAAUUAAAAAAAUUCACGCACCAACCCCCCGGUGCGGAGGAAGAGAAAAGCCACACGGAUGUGCCUCCGAAAGCGCAGCGGAUACCGCCCUCCGGACCUUAUUAAUGCCAAGAUUUACACUGGUCCGAUCCCGGGCGAGCGAGGGGGCGAGCUGGCCAUGGGGGGGGGUCGCAGCGAGACCUCGGCACUGAGCGGGACGGGAGGGGGGCGGGCCAUGACCACUACCCAGAAUUCCCAACGGCCAAACGCCUGUUGCUUCUGCUGGUGCUGCUGCUGCAGCUGCUCAUGGAAUGAAGAGGAGAGACGGAGGAGGAGGAGGAGAUUAUCACAGGACACCAAGAUGGAAACCAUACCAAACUGUGAAGCUUGCACCAAACCCUCAAUGGAAGAGAUCCGGCUGUGGUCUCAGUCCUUCGACAAGCUGAUGAAGAACCCGGCGGGUCGAAAUGUUUUCCGGGAGUUCCUGCGGACGGAGUACAGCGAGGACAACAUGCUGUUCUGGCUGGCCUGCGAAGACCUCAAACAGGAGAUCAACAAGAAUACCAUCGAGGAGAAAGCACGAUCCAUCUACGAGGACUACAUCUCCAUACUGUCACCAAAAGAGGUGAGCCUGGACGCCCGGGUUCGAGAGAUGAUCAACAGGAAGAGGCAGAACCCGACGCCUCACGUGUUUGAAGACGCCCAGCUCCAGAUCUACACUCUGAUGCACCGGGACUCCUACCCACGAUUCCUCUCCUCCAGCAUCUACAGGUCGCUCGUUCAGGGCGGCUCGCGCACCUCCUCCGAGUCCUAGUGCCGCCUCCUCCUCUUCCUCUCCCUGAGCUCACAGGAUGGAUGCCAGAUCAUUUCAUCGCUUCUCUCACACACUCCUCCCAGUACCAAACUUUCCAAAAAAGAUCAGACGACUCCUCACUCCAUUUCAACAAAUCCCAAAUCUCUCCGAUUACUGCCAAUACUUUCUUUUCAUUUCUCGUUUAUUCCUCAACGUUUAGUACCGUUGCCAAUAACUCCUUUUUCUUUUCUCUCCAGUUUGUUCUCAUUCAAUCUUUUCUUACAUUACUCUGAUCCUUUCUCCUUCCCAUUCCCAUCCCAUUUUACAGUAGUAUUGCAAUAAUAUAAAAGAAAACCACAAUACAGAUAAUACAAUGUUGUGUAAUCAAAACAAUAUUCUAAACAUAUUUUAUGAAUACUUUAAAAUAAAAAAUUGUUAUCAUGAAAACAAGUCUGAAAUAGUGUCAGAACUCGAUUCAUAGCAUUUUUGUUAAUUGAAUUUAUUAGGCCAAUACUGAUAUUGAAAUAAAACAAAUCCGAUAAUGCAUUUUUAUUUAUAACAAACACCCAUUAGAUUAGGAAAAAUGUUAAAAAGCAAAAUAAAUUGUAGUCUGAUAAAUACCAUAUUUCUGUCUCUGAUAACAGUAUUGAUAAAAACCCUUAAAAAAUUACAUAUAUCUGCUAAUUUUAAAUAACACUCUACAUAAACACGUUUUUAUUAUAAGGGUCCCUUAAAUUAGUUUUAAA